AUGGAAGAAGCAUACGAAGAACCGAGGCGGCCGAGUCUCAUUGACAAAGCAGGAAGACAGAUGAGGAAACAUCCUCUCAUUCCGACUGGGAUGAUUGCUACUGUCGGUGCACUUACAAUGGCACUCAAGAGAAUGCAGCAGCGGGACGCGGUUGGAUAUCAACGAUGGCUACGAGCACGGGUACUUGCUCAAGGUCUUACUAUCGUUGCAAUUGUUGUCGCUGGUGUGCAGGAAAUGGGUGUGGGCGUGCUUACAGGCAAUGCAAACUCUAUUGCACAUCCACCUGCGACAGAAUGGGAAUCACGCGAGUUUGAGAAGCGGCUGAAGGAGGCAGAGGACACACAUCACGCCGAAACAGGCUUUGGACCAUCCAGUUCACGUAAUACACAGAAUGACACCCCACCGAGUUCAAUCGUACAGGCAGUACACUCUGCAGCUCCGCCUCCUCAGUCUAGUUCAUCCACUUGGAUGUCUUGGUUGUGGAUGGGGAAGAAGUAG